ACUCCCCUCCCUUCCUAGUUGGUCUGUUGACACUCCACCGACGGGAUAGAGCCAUGAGUCGAGCGGCAUUAGUAAUUUUGGCCUUAUUAGGGGUGAGCUCAGCCCUAUCCCCAUCCACAUACCUCACCCCUGGGGACAAGGAGAGGCUCAAGCUUGUUCUUGACCCAGCAUGGUCACUCUCAGACCUUGCCCAGGUUCUUUAUGCUUCGGCUGGCUACAAGCACUUAGGGCAAGAGAUUCCCAAUGCAGAGGGUGUGUGUAAUUUUGUCAAGAGUUCAGCUGGUGAUGGAGCAACUGUUGAAACACUAUUCUUGGCAUCAUCAGCCGGAAAGGCUCUUGGGUGCCCCAUAGCAGCUUCUGUUUCAUCAAUUCAGGCAGUGAGUGAGGCCAUCAGAGAAGGAGCCUCAUCCCAGGAGCUGUUCCAUGCAGUCAGUGCUGCUACCAAUCUUGGGGUGGAGCUGGACACUGCUAAGGUCCUCCGUGCCACUCAAAUGGCCCUCAAGAAAGAUGAUAGUGUAUUGAGCCUUGGUUAUGCCUUUCAUGUUGGGGCACAGCUCAAGGGUGAGGUUGGCAGUAUCUUUGAGAGGAUCGAGGAUGCCAUAGUACAAGCAGAUGAAGUUGAUGGCCGCAUGCUUCAGUUUGAAGGAGGCCUUUCUAUAACAGCAUUAGUCCUAAGUGGUGCUUACAAAUUAGCAGAAACUUCAAACAAGACCCCUCCGAUAAAGCCUGACCAAGCUGUCAAGUUUGCCAAUUACCUCAUGUCACGAAAGUCUGUCCAGUUGUCCAAAGGUGUAUACUACCUCCUGGAGGCUGUGUCCAUGUUCACAAACAACAAGUUCCAUGUGCCAGUAGCAAUCACUCUAGCAAGCAAUGUCGCUGUAAGUGCAGAAGCUCCCCAAGUGCAGGUGCGAGUGACAGAUCUUAAAGGUAGUAGUUUGGGACCCUUGAAGGUGACUGCUGAUUCUGCGACAAGAGUUGCUGAUGAAGUGGUUAUCAUAUCAAAGGAACCUCUCACACCUCUUUCAACUGCUGAUGGUGUCUAUGAAUUGGAUGUGAUGUCCAGAGGACCUGACCGUGGAUUUUACCGAUUGGUGGUUAGUGUAGAUGCUUCAGACUCACGCCUUGUGGGUCAUUCUGCUGCUCAACUCACUUUCAAAGUUCUCACUGCCAUAGACAUCCAGGGAGUGGAAAUUGGAACUGCUGAUUCUGACCAGUCUACAGCACCAAAUCUCCAGAAGGUGAGGUAUCCCAAUACUCUCUCGGCUGUCCUCGUAGCAGAUCAACACCAGCGUGUGAUGCUGCGAUUUGUGGUCCGAGACACGGCAUCUGGACGACCUACUGAAGUACAUCAGGCAUUUGUCAAAAUUACUCAUAUUGAUUCAAAGCGUGAGAUCAUCUUCGUUGCUGAAACAGAUUCAAAUGACAUCUAUAAAUUUGACAUUGAUGUAAGCAACAGCAUGAAAGAGUUUGGAGGAGUCAGUGGAGUGUACUCCAUAGAGUUAAUUAUUGGUGAUGCAUCCAUCAGCAACCCCACCCUUUGGCACAUAGCUGACUUGUCCCUCACUUUCCCUGGAAGCAUUGCUCCUUCUUCACCUCAAGACUUCACUUAUAAGGUUCGUCCAGAGAUCAAACACGUGUUCCGCAGUCCUGACCCAAGGCCAUCCUCCGUCAUGUCCACAACCUUUACCCUCCUGUGUAUCCUGCCCUUGCUGCUGCUAGUGCUCAUUUGGGUAAAGCUGGGUGUAAACAUCUCCAACUUCCCUAUAACUGUUACAGCGGUCGUGUUCCACAUCGGACUUGCAGGCAUUCUGGCACUGUUCUGUCUCUUCUGGGUGCAGCUAGAUAUGUUUAGCACAUUGCGGUACUUACUUAUGGUUGGCAUAGUCACCUUCUUCUGCGGCAAUUCCAUGCUGUCUAACAUAGCUGCUAAAAGGAAGGAGCAGGAGGUGAAGAUGGUGUAUGGGCCCUACUACAAUAAAUCAUACAGGUUUACGCAGCCACAGCAGAAUUAACUUGGACUCAGGGGUUUGGUGUAAGAAAUGCAUGAGCUGGCUCAAGAUACAAGGUGUUGAAAGUUCAUCCAUCCUAGCUGCACAAGUCCAGUUGUGACCAUCGGCCCUACUUUUGUUGAAAGUAAUUUUUUUGUGGUCCUUAAACAGAUUAGUUUAUGCUCAUUAUUGCAGAUUAAUGACUUCUCAGUAAAGCUGUGAUGUUGAAUGAACUGAUGUUAAUUUCAUUUUUAAAGGAAAUAAUUAAUAUACUGAGAAUUCUACAGUCUGUAGGGUUGUAAGGUAACAAAGGAAACAGGGUCAGAAAAACAACUUUACUCCUGACAUUUCAUCGGGAAUAAAGUCCUUUGUAAUUGAACUUCAGGAGUAAAGUUGUCUUUGACCCUGAGUUUCCUUUAUUACCAUACAAACAUUUGUCCAAAUGAAUACUACUUACAGUCUUUAGUUACGGAACUUGAUGUUUUUUCAAAACUGAAAGCAUUAUCUUUUACUCAGUGGAUUGUGAUGACCUGGUAAACAUUUAUUUUAUUUGGUCACCCUGGAUAAUGUGUGUAUAGUUGCCUACUAGUGAAUGAUAUUAUGAUUGACAAAGGAUACAAGAUAUUAAACCUGUAUGAUGUGUGGAUGAACAAGCAAGUGUUUAGUUUUAUUUCUCUGCUUGUCAGAUUUGAAGGUUCCAUUCCACAGGUUUUUGGUGUUAUUUAGAUUGUAUAUCACUCAUGCUUGUUAAGUCUAAAAUGUGUGAUGAUGUGUUGUAGGGGUGCGAAGAGGUGAAAUAAAAAUCUAAAUCUUA